AUGACGCCCAGUAGCUGCCGCCUCGUUCCCUUCUCGACUCUACUGCUGGCUUGGGCGGGCUUUGCGCUGGCCGGCGACACCAUCACAUCCGGGAAGAUAAAAGUACAGCUGUUUGCUGCGCCUUCGUUCUUGAGUGAAGUUAGUGUAGACGCGUAUAAUAACCAGUGUCUCUCGUUGGACAAUAAUCUUAUCGAUGGGCGCGUACAGAGCAUCUUAGUAGGUGGGCAUGAUGUUGCGACCGUGUUGGCGAGAGAUGAUUACUGGAAUUGCCGAUUCUAUGACAACUAUGACUGCGAGGGCGACGACAAUCUGGACCGGUACCUUGCGAUAUCCGACGGUGCAAACAACCUAGGGAGCAUCGCGUGGGGUACCAAGAUACAUGGCCUGAGGUGCCGCAACCGUGACCAUGACGAUGAUUGA